AUGGCGCCCAAGUCCUCCAAGACCGCUCACGACGACACCAAGUCCGAAGCCACAAGCGUGAAAGAGAAGCAUACAUCUGCCUCUGGCGCCCAACACUCAAACGGAAAACUGCGUCGUGUGGCUAGCUCGACAGGAUCCCAACUGCGAGAGGUUACAAACGCCAACGCUGCUGCGGAUGUUCCAGUCGCCGCAAAAGAGACGGCUCCAAACCCCGGGAUACAAUGGAACACCUUCAACCGAGAUACCCUACAUGCAUACCGGCGCGAACACCAUAUCAACACCCCUACCUCGUUUUCCUGUUCAUACCGUCAAUUGGUUCUCUCACGACCGGGCGGCAUUGGCCUACACUCCCCCACGAUGGCUCGCAAGAAGGAGAACAGAAGGCAAAGCAAAGAACAGCUGGCAAUGACUGUGCGAAAGCACUUCAACGGGGUUGGGAUCCAAGAGAACGAUGUCAUCGUCGACUUCAUCCACAAAGUCAGGAGCCAUGCCAUUACGAAAAGCGACCGCCACAAAAGGUCCACUUCGACACCUCACGAUGCAUGA